AUGUUCUCCGACAGCCUCGAAUAUGAAGAAAGGGUAUGCAAGUCGUUCGUCGCCCCCAAUAUUACCUAUAAGGAGGUCCGCGACUCUGUGCCCAAGCAUCUUCUAGUCAAGAAUGCGUGGGUUUCGACAUACUACUAUGUUCGCGACAUUGGCUGUUGCAUUGCAUUCUUUUACUUUGCGGCCUCCAUCGAGUGGAUCGUCACUAGUGGAAUUUGUGAUUAUAUCCCCUUGCUAGGACUUGUGAAGAUGAGACUUGUGAAGGGGUUAUUGUGGGUAACGUAUUGGUGGAUGCAAGGACUUGCGUUCUCAAGUUUCUUCUUUCUCGGGCACGAGCUCGGACAUCAAUCCUUGUACAACUCAGGGUAUGCGAAUGAUAUUCUAGGCUAUUUUCUCCACUCUUUCAUCUUAUCCCCGUUCUUCGCCUGGAAAUCAAGUCACAACACGCAUCAUCGCACAGUGGGGUCUGUCGAACGGGACGUCAACUACGUUCCACAUGGACGGAGCCGAUACAAUUUGCCACCGAGGGCUCAAUCGACUACCAAAGACUUCUUGGAUGUUUUUGACGAGGCACCCAUCUUUACAUUAAUGCGAUUGCUUUUCAUGCAAUUUGCCGGUUGGUGGCUAUACCUUACGAUCAACUCUAUGGGAUGCAAAAAAUACCUAAAUUCCAGCCAUUUUUCGCCACGUUCUCCCAUUUUCCGCCCUGAUGAGCGGAUGGGAAUUGUGUUAUCCGACCUCGGAGUUCUUGGAAUGGGAUACGUCUUGUACUGUAUGAUCGGGAUGUACGGUUUGAAGACGGUCACUGCUUACUACUUUAUUCCGUUCAUGGUGCGUAUGCUGCUUAUUGGAUAUUGUGGUCUAAAUCUUCGUGUGCUUCGCACAGUUCUGCAAUCAUUGGUGAGUGGACUGCGUUUCGUCAACCAAUGGAACGCGCCGAUGAAUUUACUCGACUUCAUUAGGAUAGUGAUGGUCACAUUUCUGCAACACUCGGAUCCCACUGUGCCACAUUACCGCAAGCAAGAGUGGACUUGGAUUCGAGGAGCAAUCGCGACAAUAGAUCGACCCCUUCUUGGUGGCAUGGGACGGUUCUUCAUGCAUAAUGUCGUGCAUUGCCACGUAGCACACCAUUUAUUUGCCCAUGCUCCGUUCUAUAAUCUACCAGAGAUUACAGAGUGUAUUCGUGGUGUUCUGAAAGACCAUUAUGUAUAUGAUUCAACGAAUUCAUUUUACGCGCUUUAUCGUUCGUUUACGCAAUGCCUUUUCAUAGAGGACGAGGACGUCAUUGCAUUUUACAAAAACAAAUAUGGGGAGUCUGUGCGAGAAGCAGAAUCACAGUCAAAGGUCUCUGAUAAGCAGUGCAAACAAGAAUGA